AUGGAAGAGAUGGUCCCCCCAUCGUCACCCCUAGGGCACAACAAGAAGAAAGAGGAAGAGACGUGGGAAUUCUCCCGGCAAGAUGAGACGCUGAUUAUGCACUGGAUAUCUAUGUGCACGAUGAGGAGAGGCCAAAGUACGGAGAUUCUUCUAUUUGUAGAGAGGCUGCAGAAAAUUCGAGUGGUCUACGCGAGAAAUCCACCAGAUGCAUUCGCGAAUUGUCUUCGUUUUCCACAACUUCAACCGAAUUUGGCUUGUCCAUUUCCUGGAUAUACUUUAGAAAUGAUGGGACAGAUUGCCGCUUAUGCGGGCUACGAUGUUGAGCCUGUUUUGUCACAAAAUAUCGUUGGAAGUCUCGAUUGGGGAACUCGAUUAUCAAACGAUACUUGGGUUGGCGUGCUGGGAAUGCUGGCCAAUGAUACGGCCGAUGUGGCUUGUUUGAUGUAUCAGAGAACCGAUCUUCGAGAUCAAUACUUUGAUUUUUCGUAUCCGCUUACAAAUGUGCAACCAAUCUAUGUCGUUCGUGAAAAGACUCAAGAUAUCGGCUCAAUUUUAUGGAAUGCUUUCAAACCAUAUUCUACUGUGACAUGGUUGGUCAUAGUGGGCUCAUUUAUCACGCAAGUAUUGGUGCUGAUUGGGAUUUCUCGUGUCGAAAAAGAUUUAGGAAUGAGGAAACGAUUUCGACCAUUUGAGGUUUUCUGGCAAUGCAUUCAAUUACAAUUGGAUGAACACAGUGAAGACAUGAACUUCUUCACGAUCGCUGGGAAUAUCGUCAUGUUUUUCUGUGCCCUUCUUCAGUCCGGUUUUCUCAUCAAACUCUAUGAAGGUCUCCUCUUGUCGGCUCUCCUUGCUCCACCAAGCACAAACCCUUUCAAAAAUGCUGAUGGAUUAAUUCAAUUGAUCGGUAAGGGACAAUACCAUCUUGUCACAAAUUAUAUGGGAAACUGGUAUUUUGAUGAUUUGGUGAACUCGAAUGAUCCUCAUUUUGUAUCAUUAAGAGCUGCCACCGCAAAUAAUCCAGUUGUUUUAGCAAAAAGUGUUUCCGACGCUUUGGAUAUGGUUGAAUCAGGUCCAUAUGUUUAUCCAAUUCAAGAAGACAGUUUGGCUAUGCAAAUGAGCAAAGAACGGUGCAAUCUUGUUUAUGUUAGUGAUGGUUUACCUCAAGUCGGUUCAUAUUUUGUCUUCCAAAACAAGAGCCGGUUCUUGAAAUCGAUGAAUACAGCAAUCAUUAUGAACAGUGAUAUGAUUCAACAUACUUUCAGCAAAUACUUUCGAGAAGGUUAUAAAAUUGGGAACAUUCCGAAGUGCACGCAAAUUGUGGAUACUUCAAAUCCAGAGAUCGUCUCUAAACCCUUAAAUAUGGCUUCUACAGUCGGGAUUUUCACUCUCGGUGCCAUUGGAAUCGCCAUCUCGACUGUGGUGUUUUUCGUGGAAAUUUACAUUUUCCUCCACAAUAGAGUUCUGGAAAGCCAUCGAAAAACUCGAGCUGCGAUGGCGAAAAACCUUUUAACUUUGGGAAGAUUAUAUUUUACAGAGAUCCAUGAUGGAGUAGCUUUGGGACGAUUGGCCGAGAUAAUCGAUAAGACUUUGGCACAAAAUGAACUAGAAGAAGAUGAUGAUUCGAGAGAAAAUUCUCCUGAUAAAUAU